ACAGCCGAAAUAUGAGCCGGGGUCGGUCGGUUAUAUAGCGGGUGUAGAAGUACAUCCGGGUCAAACGAGAAGAAUAGGAAAGAAGAGAAUUGGAAUGCACGGGAGCUUCUUUAUUGAUAUUGCUCAAUAAUCAGCUGAUCGCCUGGAAGGAGGUGAAGGAUUUUCUAUAAACCAGUUGGGCAGGCGCCUGUGCUCUAGAGUUUCUUGUGCACAGGAGAAGCAACCAGUAUAGUCUCAGCCAGUAGAGUCUCAGCCAGUAUAGUCAACCAGUAUAGUCUCAGCCAGUAUAGUCAGCCAGUAUAGUCUCAGCCAGUAUAGUCUCAGCCAGUAGAGUCUACCAGUAUAGUCUCAGCCAGUAUAGUCAGCCAGUAUAGUCUCAACCAGUAUAGUCAGCCAGUAUAGUCAACCAGUAUAGUCUCAGCCAGUAUAGUCUCAACCAGUAUAGUCUCAGCCAGUAUAGUCUCAGCCAGUAUAGUCUCAGCCAGUAUAGUCUCAGCCAGUAUAGUCAGCCAGUAUAGUCAGCCAGUAUAGUCAGCCAGUAUAGUCAGCCAUGGCUCUCAGUGUCCCAGGGCUCAUCAUGAUGGUGGCUUUCUACCUGCUGGUGUUGGGAAUCGGCAUCUGGGCGUCUUUGAAGUCUAAGCAGAUGGAGAAGAAGAGCCCAGGUGGACGGGUGGAGGUUUCUUUUUUGGCCAACCGGAGUGUGAGCUUGGUGGUGGGGGUUUUCACAAUGACUGCUACUUGGGUUGGAGGUGCUUUUAUUAUUGGGAUUGCAGAGUUGGUUUAUGACCCCACUAAGGGUCUAAUCUGGGCUCUGGUUCCUCUGCAAACGUCCAUCGCAUUUGUCAUCGGUGGAAUGUUCUUUGCAAAGCCAAUGAGGGAGAACAAUUACAUCAGUAUGAUGGAUCCGUUCCAGAGGAAGUAUGGAAAAGGACUGACUGCGGCUCUUGCCGUUGUUCCAGUCAUGACUGAAGUUGUCUGGAUUCCUGGUUUACUCAUUUCCUUGGGAGCGACCAUGAGUGUGGUCAUCGAUCUGCCCUUCAGUGUGUGCGUGUGGAUCUCUGCCGUGGUCGCCAUCAUCUACACCGUGCUCGGAGGUCUCUAUUCAGUCGCUUACACCGAUGUCAUCCAGAUCUCACUGGUGUUUCUGAGCUUGUGGCUGUGUGUCCCUUUUGUUCUGACGAGUGACGUUUAUACUGACAUCAGUGAAACGGCGUUCAACCGCACAUACGGGGGCCCCUGGGUUGGCCGGCUUGAGUAUGAUGACGUCGGGAUAUGGAUUGAUAAUUUUCUAGUGAUGACUUUGGGCAAUAUGGCCAUUCAGGAUUUCCAUCAGAGGACGCUGUCCUCCCGCUCCACUGCCACAGCCAGGAUCAUCUGUUUCAUAGCAGCAGGAGCUGUCAUCGUUGUAGGAAUCCCAUCUGUGCUGAUCGGAGCUGUUGCGGCUUCGACAGACUGGAACGCCACCUCAUACGGUUCUCCUUCUCCAUACGAGCGAGGGGAGUCGGCCAUGGUGUUGCCCAUCAUCCUUCAGAAUUUAACCCCGACCUACAUCUUUGCUUUUGGCAUCGGAGCGAUUGCUGCUGCAGUGAUGUCAUCUGCUGACUCUUACCUUCUGUCUGCAACCACCAUCUUCACCACCAACAUCUACCAGACCAUCAGGAGCCAGGCGUCUGAUAAAGAGCUGCAGUGGGUGAUCCGUCUCUCCAUCGUGGUAGCAGGACUUGUGGGAACGUCCCUCACCUACCUGGACAGCAGCAUCAUGGUGUUCUGGAUCCUGGGCGCCGAUCUGACCUACACCAUCAUGCUCCCACAGCUGAUCUGCGUCCUCUUCAUCCGGGUUUCCAACGGUUACGGGGCCGUUGCAGGCUAUGUUGUUGCCUUUGUCAUGAGGGUUUUGUGCGGAGAGCCCGUGUUCAAGCUUCCUGUCAUCCUCGCUUUCCCAGGGUGCACUUUAGAGGACGGCGUUUACGUUCAGCGCGCUCCGUUCAAGACCAUCUGCAUGCUGUCUGCUCUGACCUCCAUCCUGGUGUUUUCAUAUGUGGCCUCUCUGCUGUUUAACAAGGGGAUCCUUCCUGAGAGGUGGGACGUGUUCAAGGUGAAAUCACAGGAAGAACUACGACCAGCAGAGGGCGCCAGAGAGGCUGAUGACGAAAAGACUGGUCUAGAUGAUAAACUUGCCUGUGGACCAAUGCUGAACACAAAAUUCUAGUUUCUUUUGUUUUUCUACGUGUCUUUGUUGGGUUGUAGAUGCUCCUGCUUAUGUAGUUUAUUCUGCUCCUAUAGGGCACACCAAAAGGAUCUAUCCAAGAGGCGUAUGUGUUUGUCGUUCUGCAGAAAACUUCACAAAGAAAGUUUCAUGCAAGGAUUUUAAUUGUCCAGUGCUAUGUCAAAGCAUUUCUCUGUUGCAUUGGACUCUAUACAAAAGGUUUUUUUUUUGUUUUUCUACUGAAGUAUACGCUGCAACUCUAUCACUAUGCAGAACUGGAGGUGAACUGUCCCUUCAGGGAUGAGUAGGAUUCAUAUCUGAAAUGAGACAGUAGAUGAUCCUGAGUUUUCAUGAUGAGUUGACGCAUUAUCAGGGGUGUUUUGGUGCUUUUUCAUGUCAAUCAUGGCAGUUAUAUUAUUAGUCAUUGCUUUAUAUUUAUGAUUCUUUUUUGGUAUGUUUAAAUUUGGGCUCUAAUAUUAUUAUAUCCACAUUAUGAUGGUUUACUGUUAAACAUCAAUAACAUGUUCAAAUGGGCCUUUUUU